AUGGUUGCAGAUGAUGUGCUUGAAGGCAGAUUCUCGUCCGGUACUUGUGUAACAUUUUCUAAAUCAUGGGAAACUGUAAUGCUAGCCGAACUUGCAGUAUUGAUAGUUGUUAGCCACUCAAAGCCAGUCGUCACAAAACCUGAAGUAAAGCUCGACUGGACAAUGCCACUGGAUGACGGGUUCUUUUUGGUUAUCGGUGCUUCUGUCGAGAAAGCCGUAAUAUCAGUUUCGUACUGGACGCUCGAUAUGUCAUCACUUACAAGUGAGGUAUGUGUUGCCUGGGAAACUGUUGAACUGCGAGCUGCUGAGAAGCAGAAGCCAAAAUGCUCUGAAAUACGACGAAUUAGUCAAGAGGUGAGCAAAAAGGAAGUAGCUUAUUUCGGUUGGUCACGAUCGAAGUGA